UAUUAUGGGAACAACAACCCCGUAAUCUCGAAAAAAUAAUUGACGCUCCCAUACAAAAUAGAUAUCAACAUAACCAACCAAAAUGUAUGAAACAGGUAAAAAUUUUUUGGUAGGAGAUUUUAUAGGUAUAGGAUACGUUUCAAAUCGAAUCAUUAUUCCUACGUAUAGCGAGUACGGAUUUAUUAAAUUAUGCGAAUAUUUUGUAUCUUAAAUUAAAUCAAAUUUAUUUUAAAACUAAAUAAAAGGUAUUGAAGUAUUUUAUAAUAACUUAUUUUUGUUAUAGGUUCAGGAAAGCAUCCUUAAGUGUUAGUCUUAAGUAUGGCAUCAUUUUUUAAGGCAGGUAUCCCUAAAUUUGACACAUGUCACAUCCAUAAUUUGACAUUUCUUUCAGUUUCGCGUUUCCUACACUAUUUCACAUUUCACUUCGUUUCGUAUUAGAUUUGGUUGACGCCAGGUGCUUCGACGCUGUUUAUUUAUUUUUCGUGCUAGCUUUUUACCAUUAACCAAGAUGAGUUACAUGCUGGGGCAUCUCCACAACGGCUGGCAAGUGGACCAAGCUAUUUUGUCCGAGGAGGACCGAGUUGUGGUGAUUCGUUUCGGCCACGACUGGGACCCGACAUGCAUGAAGAUGGACGAGGUGCUGUACAGUAUCGCAGAGAAGGUCAAGAACUUUGCUGUUAUAUACCUCGUGGACAUCACUGAAGUCCCUGAUUUCAACAAAAUGUACGAGCUGUACGACCCCUGCACGGUGAUGUUCUUCUUCCGCAACAAGCACAUCAUGAUCGACCUGGGCACCGGCAACAACAACAAGAUCAACUGGCCGCUGGAGGACAAGCAGGAGAUGGUGGACAUUCUGGAGACCGUGUACCGGGGAGCGCGCAAGGGCAGAGGUCUAGUGGUUUCUCCUAAGGAUUACUCUACUAAGUACCGCUACUGAGCUCCCGAACUUCUUAUUUUUGUGGAAAAUUGUCUUACUGUGAAAAAACAUAGUAGCCUAAUGUAUUGCGGAAAGAGUCAUAAUAUAGGAAGAAAAGACAGGCAGAGUCAAGGGGAAUGUAUUUGUAUAGUAUACAGAUGAAAGAAAAUAUAUCCAGAUUUCUGAAUUUGUCCCUGAAUAACAUUUUCACUUUAUAGGCUGAUUCUGAAGAGUAAUAUUACGAGCAUUGUUUUAAAUGUUUGUGUGUAUAGGAGGUAAAUCUAAUAUAAAUUAAAUAUAAGGGAUUUUAGAUA